AUGACUUUUCCUGUGGUUCGAUCAUCUGUCGAGAACUUGCUGAAACGUCUCGGACUAUCCCUGCCGCCAUCAUUAGCCCCUGCAGGUCUGAAAAAACUCGUGGAAAAGCGUAACGAGCGGUUCUGUGAAGCUGUUAAUGAGCUAAUAGGUGCAGCUUCCAACGAAGAUCCUGUGGCUCUAAUACAAGCAGCUAGUUACGAUCAUAUUCCUGUCAACCCCUCCUCAAAGUCAACAUCCUCCGCGAAGGUCGACACGAAAGAUAAAAGGACCAUAAUAGACCCGAAAGACCGGCCUACAAUAGAUGCAGUCAUUGCGGAAGUAGAGGAACAGGAUUGGUAUAAAGGCCAGAUAGUGGACAGACGGAUCUUUGCAUCACGGGAAGCAGCUAAUGGUACACUUGACCCACCGCUCUCGGAGACGAUCCAACAGGCAUUGAGCAACUCACGGAAGAUAACAUCACUAUAUUCUCAUCAGUCAUCAGCAAUCAAUGCCCUUUCAAGAGAAAAACACAUCAUCGUCUCAACAAGUACUGCAUCUGGAAAGAGUGUAAUAUACCAGGUUCCUUUACUGAGGUUUCUAGAAGAUGAUAUUGACUCAACUGCGGUUUUCAUUUACCCGACUAAAGCGUUAGCCCAAGACCAGAGAUCCGCGUUAGAGCAGCUAUUAUGGUCAUGUCCAGGCCUCGAACAUAUUAAGGUCGCUACAUAUGACGGAGAUACCCCUCAAGAUCAACGAGCAGGAAUCCGUGAGACUGCUUCAGUCAUAUUCACCAACUUCGACAUGAUACACGCAUCAAUUCUACCCCAUGAAGAGCUAUGGCGGAGGUUUCUGAAGAAGAUCAAGCUAGUAGCCGUCGAUGAAUUACAUUCGUAUUCGGAUCUUUUUGGAAGCCAUGUAGCGCAAGUGAUCAGGCGCUUUCGCAGAGUCUGUGCUGCGGUGGGAAAUCGACGUAUGCGCUUUGUGUCAUGUAGCGCCACAAUAUCCAAUCCUUCCAGACAUAUGAAAGACCUUUUUGGUUUGGAGGAUAUUGAAGAAAUCACCGAAGAUGGUGCGCCGUCAGGACGUAAAGAUUUCCUGGUGUGGAAUCCACCUCCGAUCGAUCCCAUGGCUCCCAAACUCGGGCGUCACAGUUCGAUGUCGGAGGCCACUGCUCUCAUGAGAUUCCUGAUGAAGCGUGGCGUUCGAGUGAUAUUAUUUUGCAAGAUUCGUAAAGCUUGUGAACUAGCCAUGAAAACUCUUCGAACAGACCUUAGCGCAGAAGGUCGGUUGGAUAUUUUGGAGAAAGUCAUGCCUUACCGAGGCGGCUACUCACAAGAAGACCGGCGACGUAUAGAAAACGAAGCUUUUUCUGGAAAUCUGCUCGGCAUUGUCGCCACUAAUGCCCUUGAGCUAGGUGUUGACAUUGGCGUACUUGAUGCGGUUAUUAUGAUGGGUUUUCCUUAUAAAAUCGCUAACCUCCGUCAGCAGACUGGUCGAGCCGGACGGAGGACUCGGGACUCGUUAGCUGUAUUGGUAGCGGAUGGUCUGCCCAUCGAUCAGCACUAUGUAAACAACCCCAGCGAUCUUUUUGACAAGCCCAUAGACGAUCUUAUCAUCGACCUCGAAAGCAAAGUCAUCCUCGAGCCACAUUUACAAUGUGCGGCACAAGAGAUGCCCUUAUCAAAGGAAGACGACGUAUACUUUGGUCCUUUAUUGCGUGAGCUUUGCGAUUCCAGCCUAAUAAAGACCAAGGAUGGCUGGUAUCAUACGCAUCCCAAUUUUCUUCCCUUUCCCGCAAAACACGUGUCUAUUCGCGGAGCAGAAGAAGAGAAAUAUACAGUGGUGGAUAUUACUAAAGUGACAGCGGAAGGCGGACCCAAAAUUAUCGAAGAAGUUGAACUUUCGAGGGCCCUCUUUGAGAUCUAUGAGGGUGGCGUCUUCAUGCAUCAAGGAUUGACUUUCAUUGUGACAGAAAUUAGUCAUGAUUCCAAAAUUGCAAGAGUCAUGAGGGCCGACGUCAACUGGAUCACCUCACCCAGGGAUUACACCGAUAUAGAUGCCGUACAAACCUAUCGCAUAAGGGAAAUUAAAGGCUCGCCUCACAGAGCGUUUUAUGGUAGGGUGGACGCCAAAACAGUGGUAUUCGGUUUUUUCAAGAUAAGGAACAAAACUAUUCUGGACGUGGUUGACGUUGACUCGCCUUCUUGGGAUCGUCAAGCCACGGGGUUAUGGAUAGACGUCCCAAGAUAUGUCCUCAAUCUCAUGAAAUCUAAAGGGAUCAAUGCUGCGGAAGCCAUACAUUCAGCUCAACAUGCGUUAUUAAAUCGAUUUGCAUUAGCAGCAGAUCUAAAGACGGAAUGCAAGGCGCCACAAAAGGAAUAUAAAGCAACGAAAACGGAAAGGAAACGGCCAGCACGGCUCAUAUUUUAUGAUUCCGCUGGGAGAAGUGGCGUCUCGUCGAAGGCUUUUGACCAUGUCUCUGAUCUACUUUAUCAAGCAAAUGAUGCUAUAGAAGGAUGCAAGUGUGAGAGUGGAUGCAAAGAAUGUGUCCAUAGUCCUUCAUGUCGGGAGGGAAAUGAGGUAUCUUCAAAAUUGGGAGCUCAGCUAAUCCUCAGAACCAUUCUGAACCUCGAAAUCAACGAGGAUAGCAUACCGUCGCAGAUGGACGAAACUGACACCCCUGAUACGAUUAUAGAAGCAGAUUAUGUUCGUCCUGUAGACGGAGUGCAAGUCGAGGCAGGUUGAAUAGUGUAACUUACUACAUAACUAUCUAGAUGGGUAUUUCUAAUCAUAAUGCAUGUUGGGCAUUACCGCAGCGGAUCAAAAUCUCCCCAGUCGUCUUUCGUUAGUGGUUUUGACACCUUUGACCAAGCAGGUUGCGGGGCUGAUGAAGGUGCCAGUAAGCCAUUGAAAGAAGGUGGAGAUGCUAAUAAGGGAGGAGUAGAUAAUGAAAAGCCAGAAUGUGUAGGUUGAAGCCCGCUGUUAUCUGAUUGACUAGUCGACAAAGCUGAAGAUAUCGGUGACUGAGAAAUUGUCGAUAACGAGAUAUUAUAGUUAGGCUUUUGCACGGUGGUUGCAUAAGAGGAGCUUGCCAAACGGUGGGGCUGCAUGGGUUGCACUUUAGGGGCGAUGUUGAGCGUUUCAGGUUGUAACGCGGAGGAAGGGGAUACAUCGAAAGAAGUCGAAGUUAAAGGCCGUGCACCCAGACGUGAUGGGCGAGGAAUUGGGUAAUCUCGGGGACGAAGGCAAUGAUUGCGUGUGAGGCUGCAGUUGUAGUUGUAGAGUCGCAGGCGUAGCUGUAACGGGAGGACCUUGGAUCAUAGGAGCCUGAAUCGGUUUUGCCGUGUCAUUGAAUAUACUACCCCACACGUCGUCAUCCCAACCUUGUGCAUUUUCGGACGGACUAUCAGAUUUAACGGAGGUUCCUGUACCUCGGCCAACAAGGCUCUCGAAAUCAAGGCCUGUGUUAAAGCUGGGUGAGACUGCUCCAUUAGCAGCGGUAGACGAGCGAUCUUCUAAUCUCUGCGAAUCGCGAAGGAACUGAUUGUGCUCUUUUUCAACACGCUCGCUCAACUUGCGUAUUACGCCCAUAAAACGCUGGAACUGGUCAACAUUUA